AUGAGAGUAGGCAAAGGGUGUGGACGGUGUCGAAAUCGCCAUAUCCGCUGUGUCAUUCCCAAGGGCGCAACGUCCUGCACUCCAUGCUCGCGUCUCAAUCGGGACUGUCAACUUGAUCCCCGCUUCCAAUUCAAGCCUGUCCGCCACGUCUAUCAGAAGUCCAAUGGGGCUCCGGCUCGAUAUGAUCUUGAAUGGGACCAGGGGCAGAUUUGGGUGGAUGUGACACAACCGGUGACCUUCGUGCUUGAAGCCGCCAAUGGUUCACCGGGGGAGGAAGUGUUCAUACCGCCAGAACCCGUUACUCCGGCCCCGCUUCCUCUGUCUAGCUUGCUUCUGGAUGAGACACCGGAGCAGUAUCCGGAGAUAUAUCAUGGUGAAGCCAACUCGAGAGUUGUUGAGCAUCGAUCGCAGAUCACUACAAGCAGUCCAUUCACCACGUUUUCAGAGGAUGAUGCCGUUCUCUCAUUGCGAGAGGCAUCCUUGAUGCGUUAUUUCAUCCAAAGAUUAGCACCCUGGGCCGAUAUCUGCGACAUUCAUUGUAACUUUAGUACCGAGGUCCCAAGACGAGCAUUGGAGAAUCCAAUGGUUCUCAAAGCAAUCCUCGCACUUUCAUCACGCCACGAUGCGAUUUUGGCCAACGAUAGCGACCUGGAAGCCUCGGCUUACCAUGGCGAAUGCUUGGAGAUGUUAAUCGCAGCACUCAAUGAAGCAGAGACCAACUGCGACGAGAAUAUGCUGAUAGCCGUUGUCAUCCUCCGAAUAUACGAGGAAUUGGAAAACAAUACCGAUCAAAAGUUUCAUCUGCUUGGAUCCAAUCGAUUAGUCAAUCUGGUCUCCCGCUCUGCAUGCUCGGGUGGAGUGGCCGAGGCUGUAAGCUGGCAGUUCUUACGGCAAGCAAUAUACGCAUCGGUGGUUCAAUACCAGCCCCUGCAGUUGGACAUGCACAAUUUCGAGUCCUCGACGAUGUUCCAUCGCAGCGAUGAUGCUGCCUGUGCCAAUGCGAUCAUCUACUACUGUGCCCGCAUUCUUCAGCUUUGUUGUGAUCAGCCCGGAAGAAUCGUCGACAGAGAUACCUGGGUCUAUAUAUCUGAUCAUGUAGCAGAGUGGAACCGAAAUAAGCCGACUACUUGGCAGCCAAUUCGAUACCAAGCACCCAACCUUGCUGCUGAGCGACCAUUCCCCGAGCUCUGGAUGAUAUCUCCACCCUCAGGUAGGAUUCCGAAAGGUGCUGCGCUUGUUGACUUAACUACUGACCAAACGCUCAGUUGUUGGAAUGCAGUAUUAUCAUUCCGCAUUAUGCCUAAACCAUGUCGUCGAAGAAAGCCCGCAGCUGACUUGUCUCAAAAGAAAACCAUCGCAGAGCAUCUGGUCAUGGUCAUUGGACUUUCACUGUCUAAUGAAAGCGUAGAGAAUGCCUAUUUCAUGGCAUCUCACCUGCUACAUCGCUUCGGAUACUGUCUCCGUCACAAGGUCGAACAGCAAGGUGCAAUCCACUUCCUCAAUCGAGUAGAAAGGCAUCUGGGAUGGCGCACGUCGUGGAUGAUGCGUGAGCUCGAGGAGCAAUGGAUUGAGCUGGCAGCUCUCGACACGUGGGGCCUUUGA